AUGAUCAAGCCAUGUUGUCCGGGCUUCAAGGAAGUCUACGACAAGACCCGCAUCGAGGAGAUAGAGAGCGAGAUGAGCCUUGUUAUGCCCCGGCGUCUGUUUGCUCGUCCGAGCGGCAGCAAUCCCGCUAUGCUGCGAUACGAAAGCGAGCUCGAACGAGUCAAAGCCGACGAGGAGAUCGAAAAGCACGAUAACAAAAUCCACCAGAUCUUGCGCGGGCUUGACAAGAACGGCGUUCACUACAUGUACAAGACAGCUGUCAAGCCCAGAGAGAACGAAAAAUGCGAUGACAAGCAAGUCAAUGAAAAGCACCCUUACCGGCUUAUCACUAUCCUGGUCGACAUCCCGUCCCGCAUCGAGGUCAACGGUAAACUAAUGCGCGAGAUUGUCGCCGAUCUACCGGACAUCUCCAACUACGCGUCUUCGGGCGCCUGGUGCUGGGAGUUGCCGGGCGACAACGAUAACCCUUCGCUCUGGCGCCUGGACUGGUUUCAGAGGGAGCUCCUACAUCAUAACUGGGGGUUUACUCUUGUUGCGUACAAUCUUGGCAAUGUGGAUUUGAACGAAGACGGACAGUUUCGUGGGGGCACUGGUAAUCCCGAGGGGAAAAGAGCAUAUCUUGACCUCCAUUUUGAUGUCUCGUUUCCGGAGAACUAUGAUGUCAACUUUAUCCCGCCCGGCUCCUUCUACGGCCCUUGA